ACCCUCUCUCAAUUAACUUCUCAAAACCAGGCUUCGCUAAACUGAGUUAGCAGCUUCUUAUUCCCUUAUACCCCCUAGCUAUCCCAGUCACUGGGAUAGCGAGGGGGUAUGUGAGUUUAAGUGAGGUCGAAUGUUCCCCGUUUCCCAUAAUGUUUGGUGCAUCUUGAUUCAGUCCGAGAUAAAGCGUUUUGAUAGAAAUUGUAGUAGCCCCCACAAACAGUUUUUUUUUAUAUGUUUGGGGUUUGUGAGUUUUCAGGUAGCCCACCAAAUCGUGUCCCGCCAAGCGAAGCUGAGUUCAGCUCCCCUAGUUUCAAACCUAUAAUUUUCAACAUCACUCAACUAGUUGUAGGAAAUGCGUAAGCGCAGGUUGCGCGGCGGGACUCCGGACCGCGGGAGGACGGUGCCCUCAGUUUGAGCUCGUGUCGGGCAGUUCUCCACGCCGCGCUCCACUGGCCGCCGAGGAGCCCGCUUUCGCCUUUUGUCAGACUCAAAUAAAAGGAAUUAAGUUGACGUCGCACCACGUGGGUGAGCGCAUAAUACGGCGUAUUAUAGUGUGACAGGGAGCGGAGACCCGGUCCUGCCGCACUGGGCUGCGAUGCGUCCCCGCGCUCCGCCACGAUCCCGGGCUUUAUAGACGCCGCGCGAGAGGGGCUUGUUUAUGGAUGGCAUCACUGCGCUUUCACGGAUGGAUCUGUUUUUCCACGCGGAGAGAGAGCCGGGUCUCUGGGAGGAUGGAUUUUAUUUUGAGAUUCGCUCCUAAAUAAAGUUCGUACAACCCACGGCCUUCGACACAGACCGUCCCUGCAGCGGUGCAGCCGAGGAGGCCAUUGGCGGAGAGGCGUCACGUGACCACGGGUGCCAAUGUUAUUCUACAAGGGUGUCAAGACCCUGUCAGUUUCUGAAAUAAAUAUUGGGAAGCGGCGAGAUGCAGAAGGCGACCUACUACGACAGCUCCGCAAUAUACAGUGGCUACCCGUAUCAAGGAGCAAAUGGUUUCGGUUAUAACGCCAAUCAGCAGCAAUAUCCCUCCUCCUCUCAUGUGGAAAGUGACUACCAUCGACCCGCGUGCUCCCUGCAGCCCCCCGCCGGGUCCGUGUCCCUGCAGAAGCCCAAUGAGAUCGCAGAAAUGUGCGCGCGGAACAGCGCGGCCCAGGCCGGUCAGGCCCCGGUCAUCCCUGACAGCAAUCAACCGCAAGCCCCCGCCGCGGCGCCUCCGCCCUCUCCCGUUUCUCCUGCCCAAAACACCAGCAACGGCUCCAGCCAGCCCAACGUGAAGAACCCGGCGCACAGCCCGCCCACUGCCGCUGCCAGGAAGCAGAUCUUUCCGUGGAUGAAGGAGUCGCGCCAGAACACCAAACAAAAAAACAAUAGUUCCAGUUCAGUGGAGAGCUGCUCCGGAGAGAAGAGCCCGCCCGGAUCCGCCGCCUCGAAGAGAGCGCGGACGGCGUACACCAGCGCGCAGCUCGUGGAGCUGGAGAAGGAGUUUCAUUUCAACCGCUACCUUUGCCGGCCUCGACGGGUCGAGAUGGCAAAUUUGCUGAAUCUCACGGAACGGCAGAUAAAGAUCUGGUUUCAGAACCGAAGGAUGAAGUACAAAAAGGAUCAAAAGGGGGUCGGAAUGAUGCCUUCCCCCGGGGCGCAGUCCCCGCGCAGUCCCGUUGGCCCGUCCGCGGCGGGCGGAUACCUCAGCUCUAUGCAUUCUCUCGUCAACAGCGUUCCGUACGAAUCCAGGUCCCCUACGUCCUAUAAUAAGCCUAGUCAAAAUACAUACAGCAUCUCUGCGUCAUAUCCGGCUCCCAUAAACAGCAGUGUAAACUGCCCGCCUUCCCAAAAGAGAUACUCGGGGACUGGCGCGGCCACGCCCGAAUAUGACACCCACCCUCUCCAGAACAACGCCAGCUACGGGACUCAUUUGCAGGGCAGCCCGGUGUACGUCGGAGGAAGUUAUGUGGACUCCAUGACUAACUCCGGGCCCUCCGUGUUUGGGCUCACCCAUCUCCCUCAUCCGUCAUCAGCCAACAUGGAGUACAAUGGCGCUAUCACCAUGGGCAACAGUCACCCCCACCCAUGCGACCCGCUCCCCGCUUACACAGACCUUACGCCGCAUUACUCUCAGGGAAAACCGCAGGAAGCACCCAAGCUGACGCAUCUGUAACGGAGCCGUCAGCUCCCCGUGAAAUGUCUUCUCUUCGCCGUCCAUUUUCUGAGCUCCGGGCCCACAUCUUUUACCCCCAAAAGCUUAUGUACCUCCAUUUUUAUUUUACUGUUUAAUGUGUGACGUAGCUAUAGCCCAGUAGUCAUUCUUGCUGCUUGAAUUUCUCUAUAUCUUUGCUAAUGUUAUUGUUCCACGAGCAUUUAUCUAGAACAUCGUGUGAUGGCACAGAUAGGCAUAUCUAAUCUUUAACACGUUUUUAAAAGCAAACAGGGUAUAUGAACAAUUUUUUACAGUAUAGUUUAAUGUGAAUUUGUUCGUCUUUUAUUUAUCCCAAUUGAAGUUUUGUUUGCAUACUGUUGCACUUCUGGAGGUCCCUGUAGAGGCACGAGCGCCUGACCUCCGCUGUUCUUAUGGACUUUCAAAAUUAUUUAUUUGCUUGGACAAAAAUAUAAAAUUCUGAAGUAUUAGUUGUCCCCAUCUGCUCACUCGUCUGGCGGGGGGAAGGUACACGGAGCUAGGCUGGAGGUAUCUGAAUCUGUGAAUAGGAUAAACACACGCUGCGCAGUUUUCCAAGGGGCCGAUGUUUCUGAUAUCAAAACCAAUGAUGCAAUAAGGAAGGAGGUUUCCGAGGAAGCCACGGAGUAUUUUACACUUUGUAUUUUUGUUUAUUGGAAAAUUUUAGAAGUUUCUGUUUCAUUGUCAUGCAUUCCAUGC